AUGAAUAUUUUGUGCAUCUACAUUUACUCCUUCAUUGCUUGUCUUUUAUUAUGUCAUAUAAAUCAGGUAUUUACACUUAAAGUGUUAAAUUAUAAUAACGUUAACUUUCAUAAAAAUAAUUCUUUCUCCAUCCCUUUAUAUAACAAUUUAUUUCCACAAGAAAAAAAAAAAAAAAAAAAAAAGAACGUUUUAUUACAUAUAUAUAAACCAAGGGGAGGUGUAUUUAAUGAGCGUUCCAAUAAUUCUGAUGCACAUGUUAAGUUAAAUAAAAUCAAUAAAAAUAUAACACGAAGAAUUGCGAAUAUUCAAAAUGUAUUAAGAAAAGAAGAAAAAAAAGAAAGACAUAUUAUAAAUGAUAAGAAAGAAUCAAAUAAUGAAGAGUCUAUAAAUAAGAGAGAAAAAAAUAUAAUUAAAAAAGAAAAUGUUGAUAAUUUGUUGUAUGAAGGAGAUGAUAAAGAGGAAGAUGUAUUUAAUUCAAAUGUGAAUAUUUUAGAAAAUGAAAAAAAAUAUAGUAGACAAAUAUAUACACAUGGAUAUAAUGAAGAGAAGAAAAUUAGAGGAAGUAAAAUUCUUAUAAUUGGAUUAGAUGGAAUUAGUUGUGAAAUAUGUAAAAAUUUAAGUUUAUGUGGUGUUAGAGAGAUAGGUAUUUAUGAUAAUAAUUUGUUAACCUACGAAGAUAUUGAUAACCUUUAUUUAUGUAAUAAAAAAUUAGUAAAUGAACAAAUAAAAAGUAUAUCUUGUGUAGAUAAUAUGCAGAUAUUAAAUGAUAGUUGUAAAAUAAAAGCUAUAACUACAAAUUUAUAUGAUGAUAUGUUAAAUUAUGAUAUUGUCGUAUCUGUAAAUCAAAAAAAAAAUUUUAAUAUAAAAUUAAAUAAUUAUUGUCGAAAAAAUAAAAAAAAGUUUAUAUGUGUUAAUACAUGUGGUUUGUUUGGUAGGGCAUUUAUUGAUUAUGGUGACUUUAGUUAUACAAAUAAUAUUGAUACUAAUACUACAUAUGAUAAUAUUCAUAAUAAUAAUGAUAAUAAUAUUAAUAAUAAUAAUAAUAAUAAUAAUAGUGAUGUAUACCAAAUUAAUAAAGUGGAAUUUCUCAAUAAUAAUGUCAUUGUGUUAUCAUAUUUACCUUUUUAUAAUAUUCAAUUAAAUGAAGGUGAUAAUGUAAUUUUACACUUAAAUAAUAACGCAGGAAAAAAUUUCCAAUUAAAUAAUUUUAUUAUUGAUCGUAUAUGUAGAAAAAAUCAUAAAAUAUAUUUAUCCAUUUCAAUAAAUAAAUUUAAUAAUUCAAUUUUUAAAAUAUUUAAUCAUUUUUUUUUUCUUCCAUCAUUCUUUACUAAUUGGUUAUUUCCUUUUUUCUUCAAUUCUUUUUUAUACACAUUUACUUUGAAUUUAUUAUCAUAUAUAUUCAAAUUUAAUAAAAAAAAAUUCUUAUAUAAUUAUUAUUCACAUUUUUAUUAUGUUAAAAAUUUUGUUCAGGAAAAUAAAUUAAAUUAUUCCAUCAGAUUGAUAAAAUUACCUGAACAGUUCAGGUUAAAAUAUUUAAGUUUAGAGGAAUAUAUGGAAAAACAAAAAAAAAAAAAAAAAAAAUAUGGCUAUAUAUUAUAUAGAUAUAUAAUAAAGAAUAAAUUAAAAUUAAUAAAAGAAAAAAUGAGAUUUUUAAUAAUAUAUAUAUAUAGAAAAUUAUAUGGAUUAAGGAAAAAAAAGUAUGAAUAUAAAGAUAUGGAUGACUUAAAAGAUGACUUAAAAGAUGAAUUAAAAGAUGAAGAAAUAUGUUUUAUGAUUUAUGAUGAAAUAAUGAAAGAUAAGAAGAAUAAAGAAUUAUCAGAUGAUGAUAUAAAGAAAUUUACAUAUUUAUGUAAGAAAGAAAAGAAAGAUAUAAGUAAUGAAAUAAUAAAUCAAUUUUGUUCGUGUGCUCAUAUUGAAUUAUCUCCUUUUUCAUUUUUCUGGGGUGCCUUAUUAUCACAACAAAUAUUGAAAGGCAUAACACAUAAAUUUAAACCUAUACAUCAGAUGUUUUAUUAUGAUAGGAGAGAUUUAUUUCCUUUUUCUAAUAUAUCAAAAAUGUAUUAUGGAAAGCAUAUGCAUGAAAAGAAUUUUUUUGGUAAAGAAUAUCAUGAUUUCUUAAAAAAAUUAAAUAUUUUAUUGAUUGGAUCAGGUGCCUUGGGUUGUGAAUUUUUAAAACUCUUGGCAAUAUCAGGUGUUUCAUCAAAUAUGGACAAUAAAAAAGAAAAUCAAAUAUAUAAUCAUAAUAAUAAUAAUAAUAAAAGUGAAGAUUUUAAAAAUAUAAAGAAUGAUGACAAAUUAGAUAAUACUUCCAAUUUAUUAUAUACAAACAAAAAUAAUACAAAUACAUCUAUUCCUAUGAAUAUUAUUCCAGAAAAAAAUCAUGGUGUAUUACAAAAUAAAAAGAACAAUAUACCAGGUUGUGUUCAGGUUGUUGAUUAUGAUUACAUUGAAGAAUCUAAUUUGUCUAGACAAUUUUUAUUUAGAACUAAAGAUAUUAAUAAAUUAAAAUGUGAGAUAGCUUGUGAAAAUAUCAAAAUGAUAAAUGAAGAUAUAAAUUGUGACUUUUUAAAAAUGAAAGUUGAUGAAACUAUUUUUGAUAAUAAAGAUUUGUUAUUAAAAGGAUACUCUAUUUUUAGAAAUAAAAAUAAUAAGAUAGAUCAAAAAGAAGAACAAAAACAACAACAACAAAAAAAAAAUAUAUUAUAUAUACAAGAGAAUCCUCUUAUAUGUAUUUUAUGUCUAGACAAUUUAAAAAGUCGUAUAUUAAUGGAUAAAUUUUGUUUAUUAAAUUCAAUACCACUAAUAGAAUCUGGAAUCGAAGGAUUGAAAGCAAGUAGCCAAAUUGUGUAUCCUUUUUGUAGUGAAACAUAUUCUAGUGAUAGUAAUAAUACAUCAUCUAGUAAUUUAUAUGAUGAUGAAAAGAGUAAUUCAUGCACGAUAACAUCGUUUCCAAGAAAUCAUAAACAUAUAAUUGAAUUUGCUAAGAGUGUAUAUAAUAAUAUGUUUUAUGAAAAUGUUAUAAAAAUGAAUACAUUUAUAAAUGAUCCUUUAUAUUAUCUAGGAGAAUUAUGUAAAUAUGAAAAUAUUUCAGAUACUAAUAAUUUAUUACAUUUUUUUAAACUAACCAAAUUAUUUUUUCAUAAUAAUUUACAUAGUAAUAUAGAAAUAUUAUGGAAUAAUAUUUUUGUUGAGAAUAUUUUAAACUUAUUAAAAAAUAGUAAGGAAGAAGAAAUAGUACAAUAUUUUGAUAGUUUAAAUAAAUUACCUGAACCAAUAUAUUUUAAUCAUAAUAAUAAAUAUCAUAUUAAUUUUUUUAAAUAUGCAAUGAAGAAUUAUAAGAAGGUUUUUAAAAAAAUUAUGAAAAUUAAAAAAGAGAUGAUCCAAGAUAUAUAUUAUUAUAAAAAAGAAGAUAUACUUAAUCUUAUAGAAAAAAGUGAUCCAUCUAUAUCAUUUGAAAAUAUUAUAACAACAUUGAUUGAGAAAAAUAAUAUACAUAUGGAUGUGAGAAAAAUUUUUUAUUUUCUGGAUGUAAUCAAAAAAAAUGCAAAUAUGCAUGUAUAUGAAUUAUUAAAAAAAGAAUUACUUGAAUUAUUUAACAACCCUGUCUUUUUGUUAUCAUUAAAAUAUGUACAUAAUAAAAAGUUGGCUCGAAAUAUAAUGAAUGACAACACAAGGUCAGAUACUACAUUGAAUUCAAAAAGUGAUAUGGAUCUUGGUGAUACUAUAACAAAGAUGGAUAUUAAUAUUAUUAAUAGGGAUGAAACAAUACAAAUGAAUAACCCCCCCAAAAAAAACAUCAUCAACAAUAACAUCAUCAAAAAUAACAGCAACAACAACAAUAAUAAUAAUAAAAGUAAUGAUGUUGAUGUGGAUCUAUUUUGUCCACUUAUUUACAAUUUGCAGAAUAAUAAGGAUGACAUAAAUUUUAUUUAUAGUGUAAGCAACAUAAGAUGUGAAAAUUAUCAUUUCAAGAAAUUAAAUAUAUUUGACUUUUUAAGGAUAAGCAAUAAUAUCAUUCCAUCUAUUGUUACUAUCGUUUCUAUGAUAUCAUCUUUGGCCUUCUUAGAAAUGUAUAAGGUAGUAUUUUUCUUACUUAAUAAAAAUAAAAAAUUGAAAGAUGAUAUAUCUACAUCAUAUAAACAAAAAUGUAAUAAUGAUGAGGAAAGCUUAUCAAAGGGUUUGUUCACAAAAAAAAAUGAUCAUAAAAAUGAAUUAAAAAAAAUAGAUUCACCUGAAACAUUAAAUGACAAUAUUAAUAGUCAUACUAAUAGUAGCAGUAAUAAUAUGAUGAACGUAGAAGUAUUACCAUAUAAAGGAUUAAAUAUAUAUAUAUAUAACAACCAAAUAAUUGUGAGAAAAAAUGAUAAGAAAAAUUUAUUUUAUUUUUUUAAUGUUAAUUAUGAAGAAUUAAAAGAAAAAUUAAAAGUAAUGUAUAAUCAAUAUGUAAAUUUAGAAAAUGAUUUUAUAACACUAUCGGAAUUAAAAGGUGUAGAUACAUGGACAUAUGACAAUCCUAUAUUUGUAAAGAAAAAUAUUUUUUUUUCUAUCUGGAAUUAUUUAUAUAUAGAUAUACUAUGUAAAAAUAAAAAGUUGGCAACACAAACGUGUAAACCAGGAUGUUCUAUGAAAAAUUCUAUACAUCUUCUAGAUAAUAAUAAUAAUAAUAAUAAUAAUAAUAAUAAUAAUAAUAAUUUUAAUUAUAAUUAUUAUUAUAAUUAUAAUUUUUAUGAUAUUUUAUCAGAAGAAAAACAAAAUAAUAUGAAGAUAUAUGUAAAUAAAAUAAAUGAAGACAUUGAUUAUAUAUUGAAUUUAUUUAAAAAUUAUCAAAUCAAUAAAACGUCUAAUAAGGAAGAAUCAUAUAAUGUACUUGUUAGUAUGUUAAAUAAAAUUUGUGAUGAAUAUAUUGAUGUAAUCAUAAAUAAUAUUGACUCACUAUCUUCUCAUUUAAAUAAUAAAAAUAUAAAUAUUAAAGAAAAUAUAAAAACAUUUGAUGACACACUUCAAUUUAUGUCACAUAUGAGGAGAAUCUUGUGUGAUAUAAAAGAUAAAAUAAAACGUAUAAACACAAAUAAUAUAAAUGUAAAUGUAAAAAAUAUUGAAAGUAAUAAAAAUAAUAGUGAUAAUAUAAAAAAAUGUAAUAAUAAGGAUCAAAGAGAACCAUAUAUUAGUAAUAUCCUGUUCAUGUUAGAUAAUAUUAAAAAAGAAAUCGAAAACGUAAAAAAAAAUAUUCUUGUAUAUAUUGAUAAAAAUAAUUUAGAUGUUAAUACAUAUACAAAUAAUAUUACAUUAAAAGAAUUAGUAGAAUCUAUUGAAAUUCUUUUUAAUGUAAAUAUUGAAACAGUUUGUGCACAUGACAAAAUUAUUUAUUCUAAGUUUGCUAUUCCUUCAUUUAAAUUUUAUAACAAUAAAUAUUUAUAUGAUAUUCUUUUUGAUUUAUUUAAGAAAGAUAAAAAGUAUGAAGGAGAGGAAUUCCCUCGAACGUUUAUUCUAAGCAUAUUUGCAAACGAUAAGUUGACAAAUGAGGAGGUGGCUCUUCCUGAUGUGCAGGUUAAUAUUCAUUAUCACGCGGAUGACUGA